AGGACGUUCUGAAGAGUAUAGCCACGGAGUGGGCGUCGGCUGCCAAUGCAGCGUCAUGGCAAACGCGCAGUGUUUGCAGCGAGAUGUUGGGCAUUGAGUGCAAGGAUGGCUACGUCACAUCCAUGACUGUCAGUAAUCAACCUCUCUGGAAUCCCAUUCCCACUGCCAUCAGCGGCUUACAGCGCCUUGAAACACUCACUCUGAUUGGCUGCAACUUAGUAGACUCGCUGCCACGCGCCCUCUUUACAUUAGGCCGUCUUACUAGCCUGGUUCUGUCCAACAACUCCCUAUCUGGCUCUAUUCCUUCUGACAUCAGCAGGCUGAGCAAUCUGGAAUACCUUGGAGUGGAAGUGAAUAGCUUGUCGGGUUCAUUGCCAAGGGAAAUGUCAACUUUAAAGAAGCUUAAGGACAUGAGAGUAAGCAGCAACGUCUUCAAUGGAUCGUUUCCACAGUUCAUUGCCUCAUUCACUAACCUCUCCAUCUUGUGCCUGGACAACAACAGGUUCUCCGGAUCCCUGCCUGCUUCUCUUCCACAGCUGCAAAGACUCACACGACUGCACCUGGACUCCAACCGCUUUCAAGGAAGCAUCCCAUCCUUUUUAGGGAAUCUGUCCGAGCUUCGAUAUUUGUUGCUGGGCGUGAAUGACUUCAACGGCACCAUCCCCUCAUCACUGGCGAACCUCAAGAAUCUGGAGGCCCUUUCCCUCCGUGACUUGCGCGUGCAUGGUCUGGUGCCUCCCGCACUCUCCUCACUGCAGAGGCUUUGGUACCUGGACUUGUCUUCCAUGUCUCUGUCAGGACCGUUGGCACCCAUGGUCAACCCGCUGACCAACCUUGAGAAGCUCCUCGUGGCGUCCAACCAGUUCACGGGCGCCGUGCCCAUGCCAGCCUCCAGGUCGUUGACGCUGCUGGACGUGCACAGCAACUACUUCACCUCCGCCCCCACGCGCCCCAAGAACUGCGCAGCUCUGCACCUCAUGCUCACUCAGAACUGCCUGUCCACGACUUUGACUCUGUGCGGGGUGGCCGAAGAACAGAGGAGCAGGGAGAGCUGCGCAGCAUUCUGUGGGGUGGGGCAGGCAGAGGCGUUGUGCAGCGGGCAUGGGUACUGCUUCAUGAAUGACACUAGUGAGAUGGCGGAGUGUGCGUGUGACGCGCACUACUCCACUCGCGACGACCCCCAAACGUGCUCAUACACAAUUGACCCCGUGCUGGCCUCCUCUGCCACCACUCCGAUGGUGUUGAGCGGCUCGGCGCUAACCUCUGCAGGCGGCGCGCUGCUGCUGACCCCCAAGGCCAACGCCACCUGGGGCACGGCCUUCACAGCCGCGCCUCUCCCCCUCUUCUCCUACUUCAACACCAAGGCCACAUGCGGUUACCAGCUCGCCUUCAACGCAUCCCUUGCCUUCUCCCUCGACCCGGAGGCAGAGGCGGGCGGGGAUGGGCUCGUGUUUGUCGUUGCUGCGGCGCUGCCAGACCGGCUGGGAGGGGUGGGGAAGCGGAGUGUGGCGGUGGAGUUUGACUCGGUGCUGAGUGUGAAGCACAGCGACCCCAACGACAACCACGUGGGCGUCAAUGUGGGCGGCUCACCUGUGUCCCUCGCCUCUGCCACGGCCCCUCUCAUCCUCAACGACGCCCACACCAAGCACGCCUGGAUCCACUACGACCCCUCCAGCGGCGGCACUCUCCGAGUCUACCUCUCCUCCGACCCCCAGCAGCCCCCCACCCCCACCCUCCGAGCUCGAGUGUCGCUCUGCUCCAUCCUGCAGCCCAGGGCGUCCACUGCUGCAUUCUACGUCGGCUUCACUGCAUCAUCCACGACCGCCCCACAAGCACACUCCGUCCUCAACUGGGCCUUCAGUGCAGAUAUUCCGCUGAACCCGCACUUUGACCCUUCAAACCUGGCGUUGGGGUUUGUGUUGGACGAGGACUCCUUCUCAUCGCAGGGCUUCAACGCCGCCUUCCACUACGCAAGUGCGGGCUUCGACCCCGCGCAGGACAACAGCCCCGCGUGGACUGUCAAGUCCUACAGCACCUGGGUCUUGCCUGAAUCCACCUGGCCUGUCAAGAACCAAAAGGGGUGUGGUGAUUGCUGGGCGUACGCAGUGGUGGCAGCGGUGGAGGCAGCCCACAGGAUCGCGAGCAACUGGGCGCAGCCCCCCGUGCUGUCGGUGGAGCAUCUGCGCCUCGCCCUCUCCUCCAACUGCGACGGUGGCUCGCCCACCAAGGCGCUGCAGUUCCUCCUCAACGCCACCGCGCAGGGCAAGGGCUUGCUCGAGGAGGCCGUGUACUCCCCAGGGCUGGCUCUUAGAAGGAGAUCGUUGGCGAGCACCAGGUACUACGGCAUCCGCGGCAUUGAGCGUACGGGGUUCUACGGGUGGUUUGGGCUCAUGCUGGCAGUGCAGCGCCAGCCUGUCAUUGUGCACAUCGAGGCGUCCGCACCCUCCUUCCAAGACUACGAUGGGAGAGGCAAGUACGCGGACGAGGAGUGUUUCAGCAACCACCUGAACCACGUGGUGCUGGUGGUGGGCUACCUCUCUGCGGGCUCCGACCCCUCCACCUCCGUGCCGCCGCCCUUCUGGAUCAUCCGCAACUCAUGGGGCACAGGGUGGGGCGACCAGGGCCACAUGCGCAUGGACAUUCGCAGUGGCGAUGGCAUCUGCGGCAUCAACACUCUCCCGGGCCUCUUCCCUGUCGUCAGAAGCAGUGCUGAUCCGUGUGGGUCACGCUCCUUCCAGUACAGCAUUCAAGGCCCCGCCUUCAACCCGUGUGGGCGGUUCAGCUGCAGCAAGAAGGGCACCAGCAAUCGCUGCAAGUGCACUGACGCCCGCUUUGCUCAAGUCAAGAACACCGAUGGAUCGUACACCUGUGCCUAUGUGGACGUGUGUGGGUCCAGCACUCGCAACCCGUGUGUGGUGGGCACGUGUGUGAACGAUGACAAGGGCAGCUACUCCUGUGUGUGUCCCCCGGGGUUCAUCCAGGGCACCACCCUUGCCAACACCGCCUCCUGUGCUCCGGGGGAUGCAGGGGGGGUGUACACGGUGCGGCAGAGCAACGUGUGGUGCUCCCAUGUGCAUCCCAUAUUUGCCCUCACACUGGACCAGUUCCUGCAGCAGAACAAGGGCAUCUCAUGCUCCGCUCCUCUGCGCAUCAGCUCAAGCCUCCUGGUCAACUCCACAGUCGAUGCAUGCUCUGUCUUCUACACCACUGUGCUGGGCGACACGUGCACGGGGGUAGGGAGGCAGGUGGAGCUGUGUGGGGCGGCGGCGUCGGAUGCGGAGUGUGAGGCGGCAUUUCAGGCGCUCAACCCCGCUGUGGACUGCUCCUCCCUGAGGCCCUCCCAGGCGGUGUGCAUCGAGAGGGACCCCGGGGUGGCGAAUGUGACAGUGGUGUGCGACCAGUACUACCGGGCGCACCUCAACGACACGUGCGACAGCAUCAGGCAGCUGGCGGAGCCUCCUCUCAGCCCCGUGGACUUCUACCGCCUCAACCCCGGCGUCAACUGCAACCAGCUCAUCCCCCUCAAGAAAUACUCUGGCUCCACCACCACAUUUGGUGCUGAG